AUGUCCAUACGCCUCAAUUUUUAUCUCGACAAUAUAAUUGAAGAUUGGACGUGUCUCAAAGUAAUAGGCCUUUACCGUACAAAAAUAAAACCAAAGGGUUUGAAAGAACUGCUGAGUUUUAUACAUAAAGAUCUUCGAGACAUUGCAAAUUCUAAUCCUGGAUUUGACGCGACAAAGAAGAAAAAAGCUCGGGAAAUACUGGAUAACUGGAAAGUUCGAUGCUUAGUGCAAGCUGGGACUUCAGAACUGGACUGUACCACUAAAGAACUACAAAAAAGAGUGUGCACGAUUCAAUAUGAAGUAAAACAGAUAAAACAGGUAAACCAACUUUCAACCGGAGAUGGAGCAACAUACAACGACAAUCGUCAGGGGAAACAUAGUCGAGAUGUGGAUGAUGAUGAAAAAAAGACGGAUACGGAUGUUGGAACUUCCUCCGAAAAAACUACAUACACAGAUGAAGACUCCUCUCAAGAAAACGAAGAGGAAGCAACGACCGAGAAUUCUUUCGAAAAUCGCUCCCAAGGAAAUGAUGAGAAGAGAACUAUUCAAGAUAAUAUUAUAACAGACAUCUUAGGAAAUACUGAACUCUCAGACGCAUCAAAAAAGAUUUUUACGAUUUAUAAAGCGCAAUACCCUGAUGGUGAUCUAAUUGACCUCCGACUAGAAUCGCCCUUUUUAAAAGAACUUUCAAGACAAGUAGCAACAUCGUAUUUAACGGAAAUGGAUACCAUGACAGAGACGUUGGUCCCCGCAAAUGUUCACGAAUUUCUUGUAAAUUUUUUUUCACAAAACUUAACAACCGAGGAGUGGAAUUCCCAAAUCGAUGAUUUAAGAGCACCAGAAAAAGGUGAUUUCAUAAUGAAUUCAGUGGUACGAGUUUUACGUCGUACAUUGCCACAAUUUAUUAAGGCAUUUUCACUCGAAGAACAGAACCCACUUUUAAAUAUUGGCACAAUAGAACAUGCGCAUCUUAAUGCUUUCGUUCACCCAUGUCUUGACGCUUCUUUAUGGUACAUUGCUGGUAUACACUAUGAAUUCGGCGAGAUAGCGUCGAAAAAUCACACUAAUGGUAAUCGAGCUGAUGGAGUUGGUUACAUGACGGAUGCUGAUAAGUAUCAGCUCAUUUAUGUUGAAGGCUCGAGACCAGUAACAAAAGAUAAAAAGGAAACCGAUGACAUCAAAAAAAUAACAGAUAAUUUAAAGAAUAUAUUCGCGAAUAUUGUAAAGGAAACCAUCAAAAGCAGGCAACGUUUACCAAAGAAGUUGUAUGUAUUCGGUGGACAAAGUUUUCGUCUUCGGAUAUAUUUAUAUUUUCUUGAUUAUUAUGGAACGUAUAGAUUAAACGAGAUUGAUAAUGCCAAUCUUCCUCGAAAAUUUUCUGAAAUGAAAAAUUUCGUUUAUUUCUAUGAAAGUGUAUUGAAAUGGUCGCAUCCUUUGAUGAUGCAAGAGCUUAACAAAGACCUUCGCGACUUUCGUACGCAAACGCUCUUCUCCAGUUGGAUUGAUGUUAAAAAAUGGUU